AUGGGGAUCUCCGUCGUUAUCUUUGAAAUAUGUCUUUUGUGGGGGCAAGUCCUUUCCUCAGCCAAAAGUGAAACACUGAUCCCAAUUUCCCAGGAGGAGUACAGUGCAGAGAGCAGUUCCCACUGUGUCAAUGCAGGUUUGCCUCUGAGGUUGGUGAAUGGCGGUGACCGCUGUCAGGGCCGGGUGGAGGUCCUGUAUCAAGGCUACUGGGGCACCGUGUGUGAUGACAGCUGGGACAUCCAGGAUGCAGAUGUCGUCUGUCGACAGCUCGGCUGUGGCCAUUCUGUGUCAGCACCAGGAGGGGCCCAUUUUGGACAGGGCUCAGGGAACAUUCUCUUGGGAGCUGUGCACUGCUCAGGACGGGAAUCCUACCUGUCCAGCUGUCAACAUGACGGGUGGUACAACCAUGACUGUGGCCACAGGGAAGACGCCGGAGUCGUGUGUUCAGAUUCUCAAACAAGCAGUCCCACAACUGGUAAGUACUUUGAAAUUAUAGACUCAUAUCAGUGUAUAAUUUCCUCCUAUGUUAUGGUGGACACUGGCCCACUACAUGGAACAGACUCUGGUUUGGCUCUGAGGCUCGUGAAUGGAGGAGACAGGUGUCAGGGUCGCUUGGAGAUCCUUUACCAGGGUUCCUGGGGCACCGUGUGUGACGACAGCUGGGAUACCAAGGAUGCCAAUGUGGUGUGCAGGCAGCUGGGCUGUGGCUGGGCCGUGUCUGCCCCAGGAAAUGCCCAGUUUGGACAGGGCUCUGGGCCCAUUGUCCUGGAUGAUGUGGCCUGUACAGGACAUGAGUCCUAUCUGUGGAGCUGCUCCCACCGAGGCUGGCUCUCUCAUAACUGUGGACACCAUGAAGAUGCCGGAGUUAUCUGUUCAGAUGCCCAAACCCAGAGUACACCCUGGCCAGACACUACUACUACCCCAGAAACUACAACAGAUUUGUUGACUACAACUAUUUAUUAUGAUUGGUUUACUACAACAUAUCCUUCCAUUGUUUAUGAUGGCCCUGAAUACAACUCUUCUCUCAUUGCUCGGGUGUGUGAUGGGUUCAAUGGAUCAUUCACCUCAACCCAGAACCUCAUGUCUGUAGUCUUCAUCACGGAUGGCAGUGUGACAAGGAGCGGGUUCCGGGCUGACUACUACUCUACCUCCAUCAGCUCGACUCCUCCAGUGCCAUAUCCGACCACAACUGUCUCAGGAAAUGAUUCUUCAUUGGCGUUGAGGCUGGUAAAUGGAACAAACCGGUGUGAGGGCCGAGUGGAGAUCUUCUACAGAGGCUCUUGGGGCACCGUGUGUGAUGACAGCUGGGGCAUUGAUGAUGCCAAUGUGGUGUGCAGACAGCUUGGAUGUGGCUCUGCUCUGUCUGCGCCAGGAAAUGCUUGGUUUGGUCAGGGCUCAGGGCUCAUUGUCCUGGAUGACGUGUCUUGCUCGGGGUAUGAGUCUCACCUGUGGAACUGUCGUCAUCCUGGCUGGCUUGUCCAUAACUGUCGCCAUACUGAGGAUGCAGGAGUCAUUUGUACACUCCCUGAGCCGACUACUCCCAGUCCAGAUUGGUGGACUACAACAAGUCCUUCCUAUGUAAACUAUACUUGUGGAGGUUUCCUGACCCAAUUCUCUGGGCAAUUUUCUAGCCCAUUCUACCCUGGGAACUAUCCUAAUAAUGCCAGAUGUCUGUGGAACAUCGAGGUCCCAAACAACUACCGUGUAACUGUGAUCUUCAGAGAUGUGCAGCUGGAAGGGGGCUGCAGCUAUGAUUAUAUAGAGAUUUUUGAUGGCCCCUCCCACAGUUCACCCCUUAUUGCCCGGGUUUGUGAUGGGGCCAUGGGCUCUUUCACCUCAACAUCCAACUUCAUGUCAAUUCGCUUCAUCACUGAUCACAGUGUUACUCGGAGGGGGUUCCAGGCUGAUUACUACUCAGACUUUGACAACACCACAACCAAUCUCCUUUGUCUGUCAAAUCACAUGCAAGCCAGCGUGAGCAGGAGCUACCUUCAGUCCAUGGGCUAUUCUGCCAGGGAUCUUGUCAUUCCUGGUUGGAACACGAGUUACUACUGUCAGCCCCAGAUAACACAGAGGGAGGUCAUAUUCACAAUCCCCUACACAGGCUGUGGCACUACCAAAGAGGCUGACAAUGAGACCAUCAACUACUCCAACUUCCUCAAAGCAGCAGUUUCGAACAGCAUCAUCAAAAGGCGAAAGGACCUGCACAUCCACAUCAGCUGCAAGAUGCUGCAGAACACCUGGAUCAACACCAUGUACAUCACUAACAAUACGGUCGAGAUCCAGGAAGUCCAGUAUGGCAAUUUUGAUGUGAACAUUUCCUUCUAUACAUCCUCCUCCUUCUUGUAUCCAGUGACCAGCAGCCCAUACUACGUGGAUCUGGACCAGAAUUUGUACCUCCAGGCUGAAGUCCUCCAUUCUGAUGCCUCUUUGGCUCUGUUUGUGGAUACCUGUGUGGCUUCGCCACAUCCCAAUGACUUCUCGUCUUUGACGUAUGACCUUAUCCGGAGUGGAUGCGUACGAGAUGAGACCUACCAAUCCUACUCUUCGCCCUCACCACGCAUCGCCCGCUUUAAGUUCAGUUCUUUCCACUUCCUGAACCGCUUCCCCUCAGUGUACCUGCAGUGUAAACUGGUGGUGUGUCGAGCAUACGAUGUCUCCUCACGGUGCUACAGAGGCUGCAUAGUGAGGUCUAAGAGGGAUGUAGGCUCCUACCAAGAAAAGGUGGAUGUUGUCCUGGGACCCAUCCAGUUGCAAUCCCCCAGCAAAGAAAAGAGGAGCCUCGACUUGGCAGUGGAGGAUGUGGAGAAGCCAGCCAGCUCCCAGGCAGCCUAUCCCACUGCAGCCAUCUUUGGUGGAGUCUUCCUGGCCAUGGUCCUAGCUGUGGCAGCCUUCACACUGGGAAGGAAGACAGGUGUUGCCCAUGGCCAACCUCCAAGUACUAAGAUGUGAAGCGAAGCAACCCAGACAUUGGCUCUGUGUGCACAGAUUCCCAGAAAAGAUGGAAGACAUGAGGGUCUAAUGCUUGGCACCCAGAUACAGGGUGACUAGGUUCCCUUAGCACAAAUGCAUGGCCAAGCAUGAUGAGAUGGCAAAGAAGAAAGGUGGGGGCCACGUUUCCCCAGGAUCUACAGGCUGAAGGCUGGGAAGAACAUCAUAGGAGAAUGAGACCAGUGUCUACAAACACAGGCAACUGUGAGCCAAACACUGGUGGCAGCCAUGCUUUCUCUAGCUAGACUUUCCCAUUACCCCGUGUUUAGCCAAAUUUCUCCAACUGUAGUGUCGAUGUCAGUCUUUCCUUACAGCACUGCAAACUAAAUACAAAGAAUCUUUCUCACGGCAA